AUGAAGAUCGAUACCAAGAACGUGGCAUCGAACAAAUUAGCUGGGUUGGUGGUGACUCUUUUCACACUUUACAGUAAGCGCUCGCGCCAAUCCACUGUUGACUAUGAAUCUUCAAAGCCCAUUCUUGAGCAUCUUUCCUACUUCCAUCGGCUUUCCGACAUCAUAGAAAAGAAGCCGUCCGGAUCCGACUGUGUGCCGCCUCUCUCGAUACUUUUUGGCGUGACUCAUGUAUAG